AUGGUAAGCAGGAUUGGACGGAAACAAGACGGUCAGGAUAAGCAUGAAAUCCAUCCAAACUUCGGCCCGAAGCCAUGCACCACCCUGCCUCCCGUCGACGGCGUAUCGACAUUGAUCCUGAAGCUCUCCAACCCCAAGGCUGAGGGCUUGAACAACGCCAACCGCGUCGAGAACGACGUCAUCGCCUCCUCCCUGAUCCGAGAGUCUCUCUCCCAGCGCGCCCCCGACAUGGCCGACAUCGUCCCCGCCAUCUACGCUUGGGAGCCUUUCACCGACCCGUCCCCGGACACAGACGAGGCCUCCUCGGGCUGGACCCUGAUGGAACACUGGCCCGGUUCAAACCUGGAUGGGCAAUUCGCUGGGAUGAGCGAGCAAGAACAGCAAGCCAUCAUGGCGCAGGUCGCCACCAUCCUUUCCGCCAUCCAGGCCGUCCAGCUGCCCGCCGGCGCCAGCGGACUCGGUGGCCUGACCAUCGCCAGCGACAGCAUCAUCGUCACCGGCCAGCGGCCCCUGCUCCCCGGCGGGCCGUGGUCCUCCUACGCGGACAUGCUGGCCGCUAAGCUGCGCUUCCAGCUCGACGGCGACGCGGAGAACAGCACCGUGCUGCGCGGGUGGAGGAACAACGAAACACUCAGGGAGAGGCUGGACGCCUUCAUCUCCGGCCCAGCCAUCGAGCGGGUGCUGCAACGCGGCGGCGUUGACACCGGCCACCGGGUCCUGACCCACGGCGACUUCACCAUGAACAACAUGCUCUACGAUCCCACCACGAGGCGCGUCUCCGCCCUGCUCGACUUCGACUGGGCCGCCGUCGCGCACCCGGCGCACGAGUUCUUCUCGGGCCUGCACGACCUGCAGGGCAGCACUCACCCAGAUGACGCGGCCCUGCAGUCCGCCGUGCUCACCGGGGCAUCCAACACCACCACUUCUCCCGCCGCCGAAUGCGAAGAAUCUGGCGCCGACGAGCCCAACAAAACCUGGGCCCUCGCCAGCUCCUGGGAUGCCGCCCUCCUCCGCGCGGGCGGCCUGCGGCCCAGCAGCCUCGCCGGCGUCACGACGCUCGAGUCGCUCCGCGCGCUCGAGGACCUGAUCGCGCCGUUCGGGCUGUGCAACACCGUCAUGGUCGGCCGCACGCCGGCCGAGAAACUCCAGGCCGCCAGGGCCGACACGGAGGCGAAGCUCGACGCGCUCCUCGACAGCCUCACUCGGCAGGCGGGCCUCUAA